GUUGGUGGAAAGAGAUGAAUUAUUUUUAAAAUUGUCCAAUAAUAGUGUCGAGCAACAUGUUCACAGCAAAAUUGUCAAAAUCAUUAUGCACUGAGCAUGAUUCGUUAUUGUUUAUCACUUGACACCGACAGUAUGGUGAAUCUUGGAAGCUCACGAAGCAGCCUCAAGAAGUUUAAUUUUAAAAAAAUGUCAAAAUACAGAUACUUUUUUGUGUUUGACUUGGGCACUUGAUCUCAUCUGAAAUUAAUUUUCUUACACGUUAAAGAUUGAUUAAGAUUCGUUAAUUGUUUUUUUCCUUUUUUUUUUUUUCAAACCAAAACAGGUCUGAACCUUCCAUUUGCCAGACCUCUGAGGACUCUGACAGUGGAAGCCUGUAUAAUUGCAUUCUUGUGCUUCUUUAUUAGCAUAAUCUCUCUCUAUACUUUUGACUUGUACAUUGAUGACCAACUCUCAUUGCUCAGUUUCAUCUGAAUUUGUGGAGUCAGUGCCAUUCUUUUUCUGUUUGAGAUCCAGAAUUCAUUGAAAACUAAAAGAGUCUUUAAAAUAGAUGGACUUGGCCUGAUAGUGCACAAAUCUGUCAAUCCCUUGUUUCUUUUCCAAGAUUUUUGAUCUGAGUUUUCUUUAAUCAUAUCAUAUUUUCAUGAAAAUGACACCAAAUUCUGUAGUGAUUACACUUGAGAAGCCUGAAAAUGUUUCUUUAAUUGAAGCAAAUGAUUCCCGAAGGGAACUAAUUUUCCAGGAGAAACAAAAGGCUGCGAGUCCCAAGCAAUUCACUUGGGUUCUUCUUCUCAAAGCACACAGGAUUGUGUCUUGUAUUCCAUGGCUGGCAAUGAGCUUGUGUACAAUUUUCGGUUCGAUCAAGAAACGAAUUGCCACUUCUUCGGAUGCGAGGGAAGAAGAUCCCACAUACAGAGGGAAGAAAAUAUACAGGUUUCUAAAAGCAUUUCUUGCUAUUUCAAUUGUAGCUUUGAUUAUUGAACUCAUUGCUUAUUUCAAGAACUGGGAUUUGAGUUUGGUUCAUAAUCCAUGGGAGGUUCAGAAUAAUCUUGUGCAGUGGUCUUAUAUGGCUUGGCUUUCUUUUAGAGUUGGUUACAUUGCUCCUUUGAUAAUGACACUUUCCAAAUCUUGCAUUGUACUCUUCAUGAUUCAAUCACUGGAUCGCCUUGUGCAAUGUUUGGGUUGUUUCUGGAUUAAGUACAAGAAGUUGAAGCCAUCGAUUGAAGGGGAACCUUAUGACAUUGAAGAUGGAUCGAGUUAUCCCAUGGUUCUUGUUCAGAUUCCAAUGUGCAAUGAAAGAGAGGUAUACGAACAAUCAAUUGCUGCAGUUUGCCAGCUCGAUUGGCCUAAGGAUCGGUUUUUAGUUCAAGUUUUAGAUGACUCGGAUGACGAAGUUGUAAAGAAUUUGAUAAGGGAUGAAUGCUUGUCGUGGAAAGGGAAAGGGGUGAACAUAAUCUACAGACAUCGGUUAAUCAGAACAGGAUACAAAGCAGGCAAUCUUAAAUCAGCCAUGGCUUGUGACUAUGUCAAAGAAUAUGAAUUCGUUGCAAUAUUUGAUGCAGACUUCCAACCAAAUCCGGAUUUCCUUAAAUUGUCAAUUCCUCAUUUUAAGAACAAUCCUGAAAUAGGCCUUGUCCAGACUCGCUGGUCGUUUGUAAAUAAGGAUGAAAAUUUACUUACCAGACUCCAGAACAUCAAUCUCUGCUUCCAUUUUGAAGUUGAGCAGCAAGUAAAUGGCGUUUUCCUCAAUUUCUUCGGGUUCAAUGGAACAGCCGGUGUCUGGAGGAUUAAAGCCUUGGAGGAUUCAGGUGGUUGGCUUGAGAGGACUACGGUUGAGGACAUGGAUAUAGCUGUUCGUGCCCACUUGAAGGGGUGGAAAUUUAUCUACCUCAAUGAUGUGAAAGUUCUUUGCGAAUUACCAGAAUCAUAUGAAGCAUAUAAGAAGCAACAACAUCGUUGGCAUUCUGGCCCUAUGCAGCUCUUCAGACUAUGCCUCCCGGACAUUAUAUCCUCCAAAAUAUCAGUUUGGAAAAAGGCCAACUUGAUAUUCCUUUUCUUUCUCCUAAGGAAACUGAUACUUCCCUUUUACUCAUUUACUUUAUUUUGUAUCAUACUUCCAUUGACAAUGUUCAUACCGGAGGCUGAGUUACCAGCUUGGGUGAUCUGUUACGUCCCCAUUGUCAUGUCCAUUCUGAACAUUUUACCGGCACCUAAGUCCUUCCCCUUUCUGAUGCCAUAUUUGCUCUUCGAGAACACAAUGUCGGUGACGAAAUUUAAUGCAAUGGUAUCCGGGCUAUUUCAGCUAGGAAGUGCCUACGAAUGGGUAGUCACGAAGAAAACAGGCAGAGCAUCAGAAUCAGACUUGCUAAGCCUUUCUGAGAGGGAACACAAAAUGCUGAAUGAAGAGAAAAUUCAGAGGCGGCUUUCUGAAUCAGGUCUAGAAAUGCUCGGCAAGUUAAAAGAGCAAAGUGAAAAGGUCCAUACUGUAAAGAAGAAAAACAGGAUUUACAAACCGGAACUUGCACUUGCAUUUCUUCUACUCACUGCAGCUACAAGAAGUCUGUUAUCAGCACACGGAAUUCAUUUCUAUUACUUGCUGUUUCAGGGGUUGUCCUUCCUUGUAGUAGGCUUAGAUUUAAUUGGGGAGCAAGUGAGCUGAGAUAUAUGCUCAAUGGUAAUUAUUAAUUUCUCGAUUCAAGUUUGAUGUUUUUGAACAUGUACUUGAGUUCAAAAAAGGGAAAAAAGACGGAAAAAAAGAAGAAGAUUAAUUUCCAGUUAUAUUAUGAACUGGAGUUUAUCAGAGAUAAUCACAGGCAAGACUCAAGAAUUGAGAAGUAGAAUAAUAGGAUUGAUUCUUUCAUUGUAUAAUUACCUGAACCAUCAGUGUUUCAAAUAAUGAAUAUAGUAUUGAAUAUAAAUGAGUCAUGGCAAAUAUUUUGA